AUGGCAAAUCGACCAAUAAACCUAGAUUCACAUGUGUUUUCCAUUCGUGACCUCGAAGAAAUAGGCACAAAACACCUUCAAGCGGAGUACCGCGACUACUUCAACGGUGGAGCGAUGGACAUGGUAACGCUGCGAGACAACGUGUCCGCUUACGAUAGAUACAAAAUCUGUCCACGCGUUCUCCGAAAUGUAUCUAGUCUUGAUACAAGUGCCGAGAUCUUUGGCACCAAGAUCACUUUUCCGUGCGGUCUCAGUCCAUCGGCAAUGCAUCGGUUGGCGCACCCGGACGGAGAGCUUGCUACAUCAAGAGCAGCCGCAAAAAUGAGCAUACCGUUGGCGUUGUCUUCAUACUCAACGACAUCGUUGGAAGAUGUCAAGGCACAAGGCAAUGGCAACCCGUACAUGAUGCAGAUGUGCAUAGUGAAAGACAGGAACAUCACCCUCCAGCUGCUGAGUAGGGCAGAACAAGCUGGUUACCAAGCCCUAUUCCUCUCUGUGGACGUUCCAGUUCUGGGCCGCCGGCUUGGGGAAAUGCGAACCAAUUUCGUCCUACCAGAAAACUUAUCUUUCCCUAACCUUCUUUCAAAUGGUGCAGACGAAUUUCUCAAUGCAGAUGCUAAGGUGAACGGUCCACAGGCUUUUGACGACACCUUGGAAUGGGAAGAAAUUGUUCCGUGGUUGAGAAAGCACACCAGCAUGCAAAUAUGGCUGAAAGGAAUACUCUCUCCAGAAGACGUCGAGCAAGCGGUAGCAGCAGGUGUAGACGGUGUAAUCAUUUCAAAUCAUGGAGGACGACAAUUGGAUGGAGUUCCUGCAACUUUGGAUGCCCUUCGCCAAUGUGCGCCAAUUGCGAAGGGCCGAGUCCGAAUUGCUGUUGAUGGAGGAAUACGACGAGGCUCCGAUAUCUUCAAAGCUAUCGCUCUUGGAGCAGAAUUUUGCUUUCUUGGGAGGAUAGCUAUCUGGGGAUUGGCUUACAAAGGCCAAAGCGGCGUAGAACUCGGCAUCCGGAUCCUGCUCGAGGAGUUCCGAUCGACGAUGGCUUUGGCUGGCUGCCGGUCAGUGAACGAAAUCACCUCGAGCCAUUUGUGUAUCCUAGAAAAUAAUGGAAUUCUCUCGAAGCUUUGAUGCCCUGAACGCCAAUAUCUGAUACUGGAAAGGGUAACUUGCAGAUGGGAGGAGUGGGCUUGUGUUGGUGCCUCUAAGCCUAGUAUAGCAUAAGCCAGAGUUUACGUUCUUUCAAAACGUCCACCCAUGAGUAUACC